UAUUUAAAGGUAUUCGGAUCACAAUAUUUGUCAUUUCUAGAGAAAAUGCUAAGUGUCUUAAAUAAAUUGCGAAAAUCAGCUGUUUUACGUCCUAGCGGAAUACGUUUACUUAAAAUGACUGAAAAAGCUCUUGAGUCAAUACCUUUGGUAGAUGUAGACAAAAAAGGUAUUUUUAAAUAUGUUCUAAUUAAAGUUAUUGGCCACGAGGAUUGCGUCGAAAAGAACGAAAAACUUGUAGUUCGUGGAUAUGCUGAUUGCGAAUUUCAUUCUGAUAUCUAUGAACGCACAAUGGCGGUUUGCAAGAAGACCGGCUUGGACUCCAUAUGCUUGGGCGGGGGGCGCAUUGAACAUAACCCCGACAAGAAGUAUAUGAAAGUUUACGGAUUUUCUCAGGGUUUUGGCAAAGCUGAUCAUGUGGAAUCAAAACGAAUUUUGCAAACGAAAUAUAAGGACUAUGAGAUCGAAACGACCGAUGAGGGAUAUUAAUUAUUUUGGUUUUUUUUUGUGUGCAAAUUCGAAUAAUUUAUAAAUUAAAAUUGUAUUUCUUUUGAGCAAAAGCUACCCUACAUUAAACUGUGUAAUGCUUAGGGAUUGUUUAUUAUGCAGAUUUAAGAAUGAAACUUUAAGUUUAGCCUUGCGCCUGAUUUAUUCGCGUCUGUACGAAAUAUAUAGUAUAAGGGAUUUGAAAAUACCUUUAUCCUAUCAAAUACUGUCUAUAUUUGAAUAUAAAGAUAAACAGGUGUCCAUUUUUUUUCAAACAAAGUAACAUAAGAAAAAUGUUUGAGUAAACUUGGUAUCGUUGAAAUUAUAAAAAUCAGUCGAGCUAAACAAUUUCUACUAUUUAGACACAGAUUUGAAAACCACCAAAAUUGUGCUCACACCUUAAUUUGGAAAAUAAAAUAAUAAAAAAUGAAAAUGCCACAGUUAAUACUUCCAAUUCGUAAUGUUUUAAAUAAUCUUUCGAGGAAUCAUGCAA